UGUACUGUGUCCCUCGGACACCGUGGAUCACCGAUCAAUAGAAAGAGCCGAAGAUGUCGGCUCGGUCAUGUGAUCAGCUGUGUCCAAUCAAAGCUGAUCUCAUGGUACUGAUAAUCAGUGUUCCCUGAUGAUUUGUGUAGCCCCAGCAGUGCCACCUGUCAGUGUCCAUCAGUGCCAGCUGUCAGUGCUCAUCAAUGCCACCUGCCAUUGCCACAUCAAUGCCACAUAUCAGUGCCUACCCGUGCACAUCAAUGCCACAUAUCAGUGCCCAUCUGAGCUGUCUUUCAGUGUCACCCAUCAGUGCCAGUCAGUGUCACCUAUCAAUGCCAGUCAGUGCCACCUAUCAGUGCUGUCAAUCAUUGCCACCUAUCAGUGCCAGUCAGUGCCACCUAUCAGUGCCAGUCAGUGCCGCCUAUCAGUGUGCAUCAGUGCCACCUAUCAGUGCUCGUCAGUGCUGCCUAUCAGUGCCGCCUAACAGUGUCAGUCAGUGCCACCUAACAG